AUGAGGUUUUUAUACCUCAAAACGCGGAUCGUUGGGUUUAGUCUUUUUAUAAUAUUAUCACAUGUAAUCAUCGCUUGGCAGUAUAUUCCAAGCAUUCAUGGACCACUGGAAUUCAUAAAGAGGCAAGAGAGCGAUCCUGGCGUCAGACAAUAUGCAAGCAAAAAUCUACAUCUAAGCAAUCCUUAUAAGUUUUCAUGCUUUUUUGGCUGCCCACUAAAUGCAGGACUGUUAAUUCGUGGUGGACCUUGUCGCCCUGUACCAGCAGUAGACUGUGGAGGUUUCAGUUGUGGUUGUGGCAUUGGGUUUCCUAUUUCGAGUGUUUCUUGUAAGUGUGUUUUCUUCGUGCAUUAACGUUUAGAAUACAGUCCAAAUCCAGCAGGGACUACCUGAUAUUUAGAAAACUGUUUGAAUGAAUAGAAAUCUCAAAAGGGCACGUCUUUAGGUUUACUAGGUUUGUUUAAUUAUGUGUUUUUACGCUGUUUGUCUCAAGUUUACUUAAUAUCAGGUCAAUUCACUUUUGUAGGGGGGGGGGACAAAAGAAGGCUAAAAGGAGAGCAGCUAACCCAAACUUUUCAGGAAAUACAGAGAUCCUGGAUGACCUUAGUUUGACGGCAAUUUCUGUACGAGAACCUCUGAUUCAUAUUAUUUUAAUUUCAUAAAUAGGCCGUAAUGAAAGGAAUAAGCCAGAUGAAGGAAACACCACAGCCAAGCGGUUUGAUAUUACUGGUUUUCCAGCUGCACAUAAGGGUAAACACUUGACGAGAAAGCGUCCAUUACCAUAUGAAGCUGAAUCCUCAAAGCCGGACGAAAAAGAACAAUUCGCCGAUGACGAGGGAUCUAAGAACUCAGGAAAGAAUGUUUUCCCUCAUCUCACUGGUCAACACCAACCGUGGCGCCCGUACUUGCACAAGCCUUUGCAUCCUCCCCAGGGGCACUUUCACAUCCUUCCGAGUUACUGGCCUUUCGGUAGAGAUUUGCCAUCAGUUAAUUACUGGCGCUUUCAAGGAUACUUCCCUCAUAUGGGAUGGAAGACGCCUUGGAAAAUGGACCCAUAUAAUGUAAGGAAUCUUCGCUACUAUCCUGAAUACCAGUAUGUUGAUGUGGGGUUUACUCAACCAACUCUUCCUUUCCAGCCAAAACCACGUUUAAGAGAAUACAACGAUAGGAUCUCUGAAGACCAGCCAGAAGAACAGCAAGAAUACGUGACACACAGCAAGCAAAGAGUUGGCCAACUUCAAGAAGAGGACAGAAAAAUGGUUGAUAGCCCAUAUGAUUCUAAAGAUCAGUCAGAAGUACAAGACGAAAAUAAAGACAAACUGAGCGGUCAGACAAACCCCAUUCAGCCAAAUGAUGGUCACGCAAACAUGGUUUCUAAUAAACACAAAUCAAGUGGCACUUUCGAUGAAGAUAAUGGUGCUGAAGAAGAAGUACUCGAAAAGGAAUUCAGUGACGAUGCCGUGGAAGAUGAAGGAACGAAAAACUUCCCUGAAUACGCCAGUGAGCUUGACACUGAUCCUUUCUUACCUGCCAAAAAACGACAUACGAAGGGAAUGAACACAUUCAGUGAAACUGAAGUAAGGCAGCGAGGUAAAGGAUUCGAUCUGGACGCUUAUUUCAAAAGGAAAGAACAAACUAAGGUUGGGAAAAAAGCUCGUAAAGGGCUCAAAGUCAGUUCUGACUUAGGUGACGUGAGGAUUAAGUAUGACAUUCUGUCAUCUCAAACUUCUCAUCAGGGAUUUUCAAGGCGAUGA